AUGAAGCAUGGGUUUCAGAUAAUGGCACUUUUGCUUUUGGUUUCACUUCAGCGGCUAAUGCUCGUGACAAAUUCCAAGUGGCAAUUUGGUUCGUAGAUAUUCCUGGUGAUCGAACCGUGGUCUGGUCAGCUAAUAGAAAUCCACAAUCGCAUCUCAAUUGGGAUUUUCUUCAAACCUCGUCAGGUUCUAUCUAUAUUCAUUAUAAUUUUCAUUUACAGUUUUGAUUUCAUGAAUUAAUUGAUGUUAUUUUAAAGAGAACUUGACAUAUUAGAAAAGUUAAGAUGAUUUUAGAGGGAAGACUUGGAAGUUUAAUUGGAAAUCGAUGAAUAGUUUCGAGAAUUAUAUAAGAUAAUCUCUCAAGAAAAUUUGAAAGCAAAAGUCUGACGUUCUUGUUUAAUUAUAUGAACAGAAAACAAAAGAAAGAUAAAUGGGCGAUAUGUAUGGUUUCUGCAUGCUUGAAAAGAGUUUGUGAUUGUAUUAUGCCUAACAGUUUCACUAUAUUAUUAAUGUCUUAAAUCAGUAUUUACAAGUUGCGAAGUCCAUGAAAAUCUGUUAUAGAUCAUUAAUGGCACUGAAUCUUGACAAGGGAAAAGAGAAAAAGAAAAAUCAAAGACAUUUCUCCUUCUUUAGUCUUCACAGAAGCUCUUGCAGGUGACAAUUUCUGAAUUUGCUCAGUGAUAAUCUAAUAAUUAGAAACUCUCUGGUCACCAAAAACGCAUUCCUGGAGCUGGACACCACCGGCAACCUAGUCCUAAUAGACGGGGACAGAACAGUCUGGAUGUCAAACACCUCCGACGCAAGCGUUACGUCAGCAAGCAUGGAAGAAACUGGCAACUUCAUCCUCCACUCUAACUCCAACCACUCAGCAUGGCAAAGUUUUGAACACCCUUCUGAUACUUUACUUCCAAACCAGCCUUUAACAGUAUCUCUUGAACUAACAUCAGUACCAAAAUCACCUUCACAAGGUGGCUAUUACUCUCUCAAAAUGUUACAACAGCCCACUUCACUAAGCCUUGCUUUAACAUAUAACUUGCCUGAAACCUAUGAUCAUGCUGCACCUGAAGCUUAUGGCGCCAACUAUUCCUACUGGCCUGGGCCGGACAUUUCGAAUGUUACGGGGGAUGUGGUUGCGGUUUUAGAUGAAGCAGGAAGCUUUGGAAUUGUGUACGGUGAAUCAUCAAAUGGAGCAGUUUAUGUGUAUAAAAAUGAUGGUGACUAUAAUGGAUUAGGUUUAGCUUCAAGUCAAUCAAGUACUCGGUUAUCAGUUCUUCGAAGACUAAUACUUGAGACUAACGGAAAUUUGAGAUUGUAUAGAUGGGAUAACGAUGUUAAUGGUUCGCGGCAGUGGGUUCCAGAGUGGGCUGCAGUGUCAAACCCUUGUGAGAUUGCUGGAAUAUGUGGUAAUGGGGUGUGUAAUUUGGAUAGAAGCAAGACUAUUGCUUCUUGUUCAUGCUUGCCUGGUACUUCCAAGGCAGGAGGCGAUAACUUCUGCUCGGAGAACUCAUCGUCGAUUGGAAGAUGUGAUUCGAGAAACGCAAAUGAUCAGACAUCUGAGUUCAAGAUUGCAGCAGUGCAGCAAACAAAUUACUAUUUCUCCGAUUUUUCGGUUAUUGCAAACUACAGUGACAUUCCUACAGUGUCAAAGUGUGGUGAUGCUUGCCUAUCAGAUUGUGAGUGUGUGGCUUCUGUUUAUGGGCUUGAUGAUGAGAAUCCUUAUUGCUGGAUACUGAGGAGCUUAGACUUUGGUGGAUAUGAGGACCCUGGAUCCACCUUGUUUGUGAAGGUUAGAGCGAAUGAAUCGAUGACUCUAGGAGGCAAUAAAAGUGGGUCUGAUAAUGGUGAUACAAAAAGGAAGGUUUUGGUUGUACCUAUAGUUCUCAGCAUGACAUUUCUUGUUGUCCUCCUAUGCCUAUUACUAUAUCACAAUGUUCACAAAAAGAGAUCCUUGAAAAGAGCUAUGGAAAGCUCUCCUAUUCUUCCUGGCGCUCCAAUACAUUUUACUUACCGAGACUUGCAAGUUCGUACCUGCAAUUUUUCACAGCUACUCGGAACAGGAGGAUUUGGGAGUGUAUACAAAGGAAGCCUUGGAGAUGGAACUUUGGUUGCUGUAAAGAAACUAGACAAGGUUUUGCCUCAUGGGGAGAGAGAAUUUAUAACUGAAGUGAACACCAUAGGCUCUAUGCACCACAUGAACUUGGUUCGUCUUUGCGGGUACUGCUCCGAGGGAUCGCAUCGUCUCCUAGUUUAUGAGUUUCUGAAAAAUGGGUCAUUGGACAAAUGGAUCUUUCCAUCAUAUAGUUUCCGAGACAGACUGCUGGAUUGGUCAACGCGCUUCGAUAUCGCCAUAGCUACUGCACAAGGGAUUGCAUACUUUCACGAACAGUGCAGGAACCGGAUAAUUCAUUGCGAUAUCAAGCCAGAAAACAUUUUGUUAGAUGAUAAUUUCUGUCCUAAAGUAUCAGAUUUUGGACUAGCUAAGUUUAUGGGAAGAGAGCAUUCACAUGUUGUUACCAUGGUUCGAGGAACAAGAGGGUAUUUGGCUCCAGAAUGGAUUAGCAACAGGCCGAUUACUGUAAAGGCUGAUGUUUAUAGUUAUGGCAUGCUUCUUUUGGAGAUUGUUGGUGGCAGGAGAAACCUCGACAUGUCUUUUGAUGCAGAGGACUUCUUUUACCCUGGGUGGGCUUUUAAGGCGAUGACGAAUGAUACGCCACUGAGAGCAGCAGAUCGCAGACUGGAAGGAUCAGUAAAAGAAGAAGAGCUAAUGAGAGCACUGAAAGUGGCAUUUUGGUGCAUUCAAGAUGAGGUCUUCAUGAGACCUUCAAUGGGAGAAGUAGUGAAAAUGCUAGAAGGAUCAAUGGAUAUCAACACCCCGCCAAUGCCACAGACAGUUUUGGAAUUGAUAGAAGAAGGCUUAGAACAAGUUUACAAGGCCAUGAAGAGAGAAUUCAAUCAAUAUAGCUCCUUCACCACUGCUACUGAUCUUCCAUCAUCUCGUGCUACAUGCAGUUAUUCAACAAUGUCACCUAGAUAGGGAAACCGACACAAUUUUGUUUGUGCAGUUGAUGUCACUCGGUUAAUUUAAGCUCUAACCUUUUCAUGUUGCA